AUGUCCGCGCGCGCGCGCGUGAUAUCCGCGCCGACGCCCGCGCGUUCGCGCGCGCGCCCGUCGUCGACGCCGCGAGCGCAUCGGGCGACGCGAUGGACGCGUGACGGACGCGCGCGAUGUGCCGACGAUGACGCAUCGAUUGCGACGACGUCGACGACCGCCGACGCGCGCGCGGACGCCGACGCGGCGUACGCGGCGCUGAAAACAGACCUGCGAUCGACCGCGACGACGCACGCGGGCGCGCUCGCGGUGUACUGCGGCUUGGGGUACGGCGUCGGGGCGGGAUUGAGCGCGGCGCUCGGCGGAUGCGCGGCGCUCGCGUACCUGAAGAUGUUGGAAGACCACGUCGAUGGGAUCGACGCCUCGCGCGGUGGGAUCACGGAGGAGGAUUACGUGAGGAAUUUAGUGUACGAACCGGUGACGGAUGUGUGGGCCAUGCUCGGUGGGGCGCUGGGAAAGGUGCGCGGGGUGUACGCGCGGGCGCUGUGGCAAAAGCGGUUGUUAGUCCCGACGUCGUUGGUGAUCGGGACGAGCGCGUGGAAUCACUUGGCGUUGCCGUUUGAUUUUUCGUACGGCGCGACGUUUUGUGGGUUUUUGUGUUACAAGACGGCGGUGUUGGCGAAGACGUAUGAUAUUUUACGUCCGCUCGUCUUCGGGGGAGAGGACGCGGACGACGCGUGA